UUGACUAUCCCCAGAGGAGGUACAGGAUAGUCCUAAGAAGCACAAUGGGUCCCAUAGAUGUUUAUCUUGUCAGUCAAUUUGAAGAAAAGUUCGAGGAGAUUAAUGAUGUUGAGGUACCUCCAAACUUACCAUCAAGCUCAGGGUUUGAUGAGAACCUGGCAAACACAAUGGUCACUGAGGAGUGCAGAGGAAAGGAAAUUGAAAUGCAUGGACAAGAUGCUCAUAGAAUGUGCUCGGAUCUUAAUGCCUCUAAUGACUUUGUGAGUGGAAUCAUGAAGAUUGUGCCGUCUGAAGUCGAUAGUGAUGCAGAUUACUGGCUUUUAUCAGAUGCUGAUGUCAGCAUCACAGACAUAUGGAGAACAGAACAAUGGAACGACUUCAGUACAUUUCAGGAUGAUUAUACCAUGGCUAACAUAAGCACACCACAGCCCCAAACUCCACCUUCCGGUGCUACUGAAGGGCCUCCUGCUGCUAACCCUACCAAGAGUUGAGACCCUGGAAAGUGUAUGUGGAUGCAAGACUUAAUUUUGUUCAGGACUUAUGAUGUUCAACCAUUCGCUGUUGUGUAAUUCCCUGGAGGUGGGAUUGAAGAGAUUCCCCAGCUGAUGCUGCAGGAUGUUCCCAGAAAAGAAAAAAUUACAAGAAACUACUGGAUGGAAGAUGGAAGUAGCAGGUUCGUUGUAUAGGUAAGUAUGUCACAUUGUAGAGAAGAAAACGACCAAAAAAAAAAACAAAAAAAAGAAGAAAGAAAACCAAUGUUGCUUGUACAACCAUGUAUAUUAUUUACAUUCUUGGCUCUAGUAUUGUACUAACUAGCUUGACCUCUAGGUUAACUUGACAAGUAGGAACGACAGGAGAGGUAUUCAUAUGUUCAGAAAUUGAAAGAAUAAAGGGAGGGAAGAGAGGAUCUAUCAAUAUCAUAUCAUAUCAUCCUGUUUGCUUUUUAA